AUGUACGACAUUAACAGGUUGCCCUUGGUGCAGACGCGACGUAUUUUGGAUGAUCAUAUUCGGCAAUUGCUGCUGGUGAAGGCAGCUGGCAUCAAACAAGGGGAAGACAAAGGACGAUCCGAUUCAGCAGCACCGCGCUUUGCUAUGCUGAAUGGCACCAAGGAAAAACCAUUGGCGAGAGCUAUGGUUGUUCCAACUGAAGGUUCGUACGGCAACUUUGAAGAGGUCUUUGACAAGGAACUGCGGCAAAAUCCUCCACCAGGUUUGCAAAAGGUUCGAAGAAUAUUUGUUCUUUCCCCGGUGUGGGAUUGUUUCAUCGACGGAUGCGGCAUACCAGAGCCGCGCUGCGCGUGGUAUGGCAGCAUUGCAUUGGACAUUCCCUGCUUGCAGCAGCUCAGAAACUCGAAGGCCUUUCAAGUGCUCACUGUCGAUCAGGACCAGCGCGAACGCUCCAUCGAAGCGCUCCUGCCCUUCGUCCGGAGCUGCGUCUCGGAGGAGCAGCACUUUACGCUGGUUCCAAUUCUUGUGGGCGGACUGAUGACUGAAAAGGCUGAAGAGUACGUGUCUUUGCUGUCCCCUUACUUGGCCGAUCCUGAGAAUUUGUUUAUCGUCGGAGGAGAUGUCGACACUCUCACGGAGCAAUUUGAUUGGGACAGACUCUCUAAUCUGUCUGGUGGCCCCGAACGUUUCAUGAUCGAGGCUCCCAAGUUUGUCAACAGGGAAGAGCAGGUCAUUCCCAUCUUUAGCGCGCUGGAACUUUUUCUGUCCAUUCUAGCGGCCACACCUGAGAGGGAGGAGUUCUUCUUGACCCGUUAUUGGUAG